CACACACACACACACACAACAAUCUCUGCUCUUUCCAUUUCUUCUCAUACCAUCAAAAAUGGCGUUCUCAGCUGUUUCCUUGUGCAAGCCUUCUGCCGCCAUGCUUCCCGGCCUAACCAUCCCACCUUCUCCGAUCUACUCCGCUCCUCCGAAUCUUGCUUUUCCGAGGAAGCAGAGUUCCCUCUUCUCUGCAUCCGCCACCGCGGAGGCGGCCGAUGUGCCCCUCACCGGAGUGGUGUUCCAGCCGUUCGUGGAGGUGAAGAAGGACGAACUCACCGUCCCUUCCGCCCCUCAGGUCUCGCUCGCUCGCCAGAGGUACCCUGACGAGUGCGAGGCUGCCAUCAAUGAACAGAUCAAUGUUGAGUACAGCGCUUCCUAUGUGUAUCACUCCAUGUAUGCUUACUUUGACAGAGACAACGUUGCGCUUAAGGGAAUGGCCAAAUUUUUCAAAGAAUCCAGUGAGGAAGAAAGGGAGCAUGCUGAAAAGCUGAUGAAAUAUCAGAACACCCGUGGAGGAAGAGUGAAGCUUCACUCAAUUCUGAUGCCUCUUUCGGAGUUCUCACACAGUGAGGGCGAUGCGUUACAUGCAAUGGAACUUGCCUUGUCCCUGGAGAAGUUGGUGAAUGAGAAACUCCUGCACCUUCAUGCCGUUGCCAACAAGAACAACGACGUCGAGACUCAAGAUUUCGUUGAGAGGGAGUUUCUGGAGGAGCAGGUUGAAGCCAUCAAGAAAGUUGCAGACUAUGUUACACAGCUGAGAAUGGUUGGGAAAGGGCACGGAGUGUGGCACUUCGAUCAAAUGCUGCUCCAUGAAAACUAAGGACUGGAGAGGAAUGAAGGGGAAGGAUGUGCUUUGUUUUGAUCUUUAUAUCUCCAUCUCAGGAUGCUUACAUCUUAUGUUGUGCUUCUUCAUGUCUAGAUGCAAUUUCUGAAUGCCUUUAGAGGCAUUUUUGUUUUUUGUUUUUGUUUUUCUCGUGUAUUUCUCGCUAGAUAUUUUCUGAUGGUGUUAGGGUGGGGUGCGUUUGUGGUAGUUAUUGUUGUAAUGGGAGUCAAUUAUGGAUGGAAUGUGUAAUAUUUAUCUGCUUUGGUUGAAACAGUGACCUGUCUCAUGCUCUCUUAAGUGUGUGGGUUAAGGUUAUAGGUAGAAAUGUGGAUUGCGAAACCCAUAAAUGAAGAAUGGUUUUUUAGUCGAUGAAAGGAGAGGUAA